AUGUCAAAACUCUCCAGUAGCUUGAAAGCAUUGAUCAAUGCCCCGGCCGCCAGGCCACACACUGUGCCUGCACCCGCCAACAUUGCCUCGGUCUACUUCAAGAUCCAGCAGGCGGCCCAGGCCCAGCAACUUUCACAGCCAUCAUGGAUCGCGCUGUCGACCGCUGCGACCAUGACCAUGAACUCUCCCGAAUCCCUCGCCGUCCUCUACCAGCUUGCCUCCUCCACAUCCAAUAAUGUUGAAACCGCCGAGCUGAUGCGCGAGGUGGGACUGAAGUGCAUCAGCUUUAACGGAAUCCCACGAACAAUCAACUGUCUGAAUGCGUUCAAGAGUAGUCUCCCGGAGGCUGUUGGCGAUCAGCUCUCCCGCACUCCUACCCGCACUCCAACACCAGCGAACAUUACCGAGAUCAGCGAACGCGGCCGAGCACUCUGGGACUCGAUCUACCGGCCCUUCGAGAAGAAGCUAUACAAUAAGCUUGCCGACUCGCACCCCGAUCUGCCGGUCCAUAUCUUGCAUAGUAACUACGGUGCUCUACUCUCAGACCCCGCACGGGACACCGGUGCCUCGGCCGGUCGCGUGUUGACCUCCAUCGUGGCCGUGUCCUGUCUACGCGCACAGACGGGUGUCGGUCCCCAGGUGCUUUCUCAUGUAUUUGGACUCCGGAAGGCACUGGAGGAUGGCAGUUGGGCUAGUGACGUUGAGAGCGAGCAAGGUGCACGUUGGUUGGCCAGUGACGAAGGCAACACCUGGAUCCUCAACAGCGUGGAUGCGAUCGUUGAGGCCAUUAGCCAGGGUACUGGCUCGAAUUUUGCGCCUGGUAAGGCGAAGCUAUGA